AUGAUCCUCAGAGGCACAGGGCUGGGCGAUCCGAUCACGGGGACCGAUCUAGAUGGACGGGUGGCCCCUCAACUGGGCAGUCUUCUAGCCGGCUUCAGCAUCCUCAUCGAGAAUAAGAAACGUAGAGGCGAAAUGGCUCUCUAUGUCGCUACUAGGGCCCUCUGCGCUACCGUCGACGAAAUCCUUCCCCGCUGGCUCAGAAGACGCAUCAUCGUUAAUCGCUGGGUCUCCAUCUGGGUCGAAAGAAUCUCAUUCUCUGUCUCGAUCGGAAUCAUCACUUGUGCUAUCGUCCAUCAUCCAGAUUAUGUCAGAGGGAUAGUCCAAGGGAUUCUGAAGUAUGCGAUCGGACCCGACUGGCCCAAAGAGCCCUUCCAUCCCUCGUCUCCCCCUCCCCCUCCUCCCCCUGCCACUGCUGUUGCUUCAGCCAUCCAAAACGAUCCCACACUUCCUGUGUCCUCGAAUCAGACCCAUCUUGACGACUCCACUGAAGAAGUGGUCUCUUAUGAUGCAUCCCUCCAAACUUAG